AUGAUUCAACCUCAGACCCUUUUGAAUGUAGCGGAUAACAGCGGAGCUCGAGAAUUGAUGUGUAUUCGAAUCAUAGGAGCUGGUAAUCACCGAUAUGCUCAUAUUGGUGACGUUAUUGUUGCUGUAAUCAAAGAAGCAGUGCCAAAUAUGCCUCUAGAAAGAUCAGAAGUCAUUAGAGCUGUAAUUGUACGUACAUGUAAAGAACUCAAACGUGACAACGGUAUGAUAAUACGAUAUGAUGACAAUGCAGCGGUCGUCAUUGAUCAAGAAGGAAAUCCAAAAGGAACUCGAGUUUUUGGUGCGAUCGCUCAGGAAUUGAGACAGUUGAAUUUUACUAAAAUAGUUUCAUUAGCUCCCGAGGUAUUAUAA